AUGUCCUACUCUCGGGGCAGGAAGGACCUGGGCGUGCGAGGAACAACCUCGACGGCCACGGGCAAGUUCUCCCAGCUACACCGACAAGUCUCGGGGACAGAGAAGCAUCCUCCGCCACACACACCCUCUCCCCCGGCGCAAUCUACCGUGAAUAUGUCCUUCGAUUCGCCCCUCACGCCUAUCCCUCCUACUCCACAUCCCGACAAGGGAAAAGCAGUCAGCAAGCCUCCGCCCCCAGGACCGACGACCAAGAAGGAUGGCGGGUUGACAAAGCCGACCUCCAACAAGGAAGCGUCCGGCAACCUCUUCUCAGACCUAUCGUCGGUCCCGCCCUCGCAGGCUCCUAGCUCCAUGACGGGAAUAGCCUCCUCCAAGGACUCGUCUCCCCAGAUGCCAGCUGCUCCUUCUUUGUUGUUCCCCAACCUCACCGUCGAACGCGACCCAGCCGUCAACCUGAACAGUCCGCGAUCAGUGCCUCUUCCUCCCGACCAACCCGAGGAGGAGGACGCGGUAGAACACGCGCUGCAGAUCGUCCGAGACUUAGACGUGUCUUUCCAUCGCAAGAGAGAAGGUGAUCUGUGGUCCUGGGACUCUCUCGAGAAGAAGGUCAAGGGCUACGCGAACUAUAAAGAACUACGCCCCGAGGACGUCGAAGACCACGGCAUCACUAUCUCUGGGUCUCAGGCCAGAUUUCGCGUUCGGCGCGCUCUCAUCAAGGACGUGCUGGACGUAGCGGAGGAAUUUGAAAACCUCCUGCUCAGUCUCAGAUCGAUGGACCCGGAUCGCCCGGCUGAAGGGGCGUGGAAGGUGGACGCGAAAAGCGCAUUCGUUAAGGCGCUAGAAGGAGCGCGGACUCUCGCUUCACUCAACCUCGCGUGGAGAGGUCUAGCCGGCAGGUUCAACAACGGCUACCACGUUUACGCCAAAUACCUCGCUCGCGCCUAUCACGCCUACGGCGCAUACGAAGGCGAGCCCCCAGCUUCCCCUAGCUCUACGGCAGCCUCCGUCUAUCAGGAGAUGGACCGCUACCCGUUAGCGGAAGAAAAGGUGAGGUACGCCAUAGGCGCUUUGCCAGGCGCGCAGAUCGCGGGGUCCCUUCCCAACGAUCCCUCAAGCUCGGAGAGGAAGAGAGAUCGUCUGGUGAAUCUGCCAGACCGAGUCAUUCUUGCCACUCCCCCGCGUCUUCGGGAGCACUUCCCUGAGUGCGAACCGGAAGAGAACCCGACGGUUAUCAGUUACGAAGGGUACCGGCACUACGAGUGGAAGGGAAGACGCGAAGAAGAGGAAGAGGCUGAAAGGGAGCGUGCUCGAAAGAGCAAGGAGCAGGGUGACCGGGAGGCGCAGCGCCUAUGGCAGGAGAAGAUCAUGCGUGAGCAGCAGCGUAACCGAGAAAGGGAGGAAGAACGACGCAGGAAAGCGGCGGAAGAAGCAAGGGCGCGUAAGCGGCAAGAGGAGGAACGGGCCCGACAGGCCGAACGAACGCGCCAAGAAGAGGAGGACGAGCGCGAGAGGCGAAGGAGAGAGGAGCGGAGACAUGCGAGACUUGAGGAGGAAAAGGCGGUGCGAGCCCACGAACGCGUCUUCGAAAGAGAGCAAGCUGCGCGAGCUAUCGAGGACGAAGAAUACCGAAGACUGUACGAUCAGCACCUUCAGUCCAGGACCGGAUUGUACGCCAGCCUGCUCGGAAUGAUGAAGACGCGCGUACGCAAGGAGGAAGGUAUAGUUAAGGAUGCGCACGAACAGAUGGACCUCGCCCUGGACCAAGGCCAACUGGACGUGCAAGAAGUCGAAAUCCGCCGAGCCACUUGCGCCGCGGAGAGAGCUGAGGAAGCCGCAAGGAGAGAGCAAAUGUUCGAGGAAGGCUUCCAGAGGAAAAUCCACGAGGACAAGAGAAAAGACAAGGUUGAAUUCGCCGGCUGGGAGUACGUACCAGAGAAGCCGGAAGUGGAGAAACCGAUGGAGUUGGAAGAGGAAGACGACCUCGACGAACGAGCGGAUGACGGAGACGACGAAGAAGGAUGGGAAGAAGACGAGAGCGGAUUCCCUGAGACCCCAGCUCCUCGAGGAAGGGGGCGUAGGGGAGGAAGGCGCACUUCAGCGUUCUCCUUCUUUGGCCAGACUACUCCUCGUACCACCCCUUUCGGCAGCGCGGUACUGCCACCUCCGUUACAACAAGGUACGACCCGAUCGGCCUCUAGACGGCGCAGAUCAGGAUUGGUGAAUAUCCCGGGAGCCUUUGGAGGCGCUCCUCCCCCAGACGGCGGAGAUAGUAGCGACAACAACGACGAGGGUAGAGGUCGAAGACCGCCGCCCGGUCCCAACGGAGGAGGAGGAGGACGACCGCCACCACCACCUCCGAACAACGGUCAGAGCGGCAUCCCAGGUGACGAGAGAGGUAACGGACGCUCCCACCGAGGCGGAGGGGGUGGCCCUCCAGGCGACCCUCCUGGAGGCUCGCAAGGGAGCGCGGCAGUAGGCAACCCUCGCGCUCCUUACGGGAACACCGCCCCCACGAUACACCCAGUGCUUAAGUCAAGCAACGUGCCGUCCUGGGACGGGAAUCGGGCUACGGCGAUCAGCUACUUCUGGAAGAUUAAUCAGCUCGCGAGAAGCGGGGGAUACCUUCCGGAGGCUCUAGGCUUCUGGCUCUGGCAGAAACUGGUGGAAGGGUCAUCAGUGGAGCUGUGGUACAUGACCGUCUCGGACGACACGAAAGAUUGGAUGCAGACGAACGCAACGCAAUGGAUUCAAGGAGUCGUCGACGUUUUCCUCGGCCGUCGAUGGGUUAACCAGAUAGCGUCCGAAUUCAAACAGCAAGGGUUCCGAGAAGGCCACAAGUACCGCUUCGAAUCGCCACAAGACUACAUCAGCCGCCGUCUGAUGCACGCCCGCUUCCUCGGAUACUCGAAAAAGGGUUUGUACGAGGAGGUGCAGCUCGUCAUCGAGCGCAUCCCUUCGCACUGGCACCACAUGCUGUCCACCUCCACUGUGAGGAACGCGGACGAGUUGAAAGAGAGGGCGAUCGAGUUCGAGGCGGAGUUGAUGGCUGACCACCAACACGACUCGGGCGAUAUCGAAGCCAGCGUGUCUUCAGUGCUGAGGAAGAUGGGCAUUACGCCCUCGACACGCUCCAGUCAGCCAAGGAGCUCGUUCAAAAGGGUAGCCUUCAGCGCCGAACCAGGCAAGAGGGACGACGAGGAGCCGCCCGCGCUAACAGCAGUAUCCGACGCAGAAGAGAGUGGGGAAUCUUCCUCGGAAGGGGAGCAAGAACCCUGGGAAGAGAUUCUCGCCACUGCGUACUCGGUGGUGCAAAGACGUCCCCCCGCGUCGGACAAGAAAUACCCUUUCGAGAGGAGGAACAAUGUGCGGACGUCGGCCAAGAAACCGCCUCCGGCGCCUUGCUUCGCGUGCGGCAGUCCGUACCACUGGAAUCGAGAAUGCCCACACCGCGACAAGUAUCUAGCGAGUCGGCGAAGAGAAGGCAACUCCGUGGAACCGGGGGACGCCGCGCGCGAGAAGGCUUACAACGCCGCAUGGGCCAUAGUCUCCGACCCGGGUUUUGAAGGGGCGGUUCCAGAGGACACUUUCGAGCCCGAGGAAUGUAAGACCCAAGAACGGAGAGAAGAAGAGCAAGAAGGCGAGAGCGAACCGGAGGACGUGAACGAGAGACCCGAGGAGAGAACGAACGGACCAGCGAGAGAGGAAGUGCUGUUCGUCAACACGCCAAACGUCGCCUCCCAAAUAGAGGUGGUAGAGGAAGAAUAUUGGCAAGCCGGAGGCACUCUCCCGGCGGACCACCCGCACUUGAUGGAGUAUGUAGGGAGCGACGCCAAGUGGUGCGCACAGCCCGACUUCGACCUCAACUGCGAGAGGGGAGCUAUAGAGAGAGAAGCGUUCGCCAUUCCUGACGUCAAACCCUUCGAAGACCCACCGCGCAAGUUAAAGGCGCGAAUCAAGAAACCGCCGGGCUAUGCGUCGGUCGGGACGUCAGUACUCAGCGUACGUUGCAAGCUGAGCUCCCUUGAAGACGAGGAGAUCGACGGAAGGCUGGACUCAGGAGCGAGCCUCUCCCUGCUCAGCGCCGACCAGUACGACCAACUCAAGAACCCCCCUCCGAUUAAGAAGGGCGCCAAGAUGAAGUUGUGGCAGCUCACCUCGUCGAGCGCUCCCAUGAGAGGCUAUGUCCGACUGCCGGUCUUCGUCGCUACCGACCACGGCGUAACUCUGGAAAUGGAAGUCGAAGUUUAUGUGGUCGAGGGAAUGACGGUGCCCCUCCUUCUAGGAGAGGAUUUCCAACAAGCGUACGAAGUGUCGGUGGAUCGGAGAAUCGACAAAGGAACCCGCGUAUUCUUUGGGGACGCGGAAAAUGCCACCACAGCCGUCAGCGUGAACCGCACCUCCGACUACAGCCGCGUUGCGAAGUCGUACUGCGGCGAAGUACCAGAACAGUCCUUCGCCAAGAAGGCGCACCGGAACCGCUUGAGAAGAGAGAGGCGGAAAAGGGCGAAACUCGCAAAAGAGGAAGACUUCUUAGUGAGAGCCGCUCAGGACGUACGCAUCCCGGCGGAAACAGUGGCCCGAGUCCCGCUCCAAGGGCAAUUCGCGGAAGAAGGCGAGUGGGUGGUAGAGAAGACGUUGCUGUCCACCAGUGACUCGCCUCAUCUAGCAGUCCCCAACACACUCAUCAGCGGGAGCUGCACGUACGUCCCCGUAGCCAACCUGGCGCAGGAACCGAAGAUGGUGCGUCGAGGGGAGGUUCUGGGCAGGAUCGUGCACGCCGCGGACUUUUUCGACACGCCUAGCUCGACGGAAGAGAAAACGAACUUCGAGCGACACGCAUCCUUCCUGAAGACGGCCUGUGACUUGAACCUGGGUGAAGCGCGCGAGCAAGACGCAGCCAAAGCUCCUCCGCAUCAGCACAAAACUGCAGCCGCCGACAGACAUUCCCGGCCCACGCGCAUGCCGGACAAGAACACCUACGCCGCUUGGGCUAACGGAGGACGACCUGCUAAGAGGCGCUUCUUUAUGCCCGACAAGGAAUCGUACUCGACGUGGGUGCAGGGGGAAGAGGAGGAGCAAGACGAUUAUGGGCCCAAGACCGCCGCUCUGCCAGAAACGGAAGACGUCGCCUCGGAAAAGUUCAAAGAAAUCCUCGACGUCGGCGCCCUGCCGGAACACCUCAAGGAGAAGGCUUGGGAGAUGCUGCUGCGACACAGGAAAGCAUUCGCUCUUGACGGACGUCUAGGAGACUAUGAGGCGGCGGCUCGGAUCCGAGUGAAGGAGGGCACUGAACCCAUAGCGGUGCCUAUGUUCGGCGCCUCCCCGCGAAGAAGCAGGUCAUAG